CAAACUCCUUCUUCUCUACUCCACAACACAGCCAUAUCCACGCCUCACAAUGCAGUCCUUCACCGCUCUCAUCCUGCUCCUCCUCCCGUUGACGCUCGCCGUCCCCUCGCCGCAAGCCUCCUCGGCCCCGAUCGUGCCGCCCAACCCGUGCACGACCAAGUGCGUCACCACCUACAAGUGCCCAACCACCUGGCCCGACUCCUGCUACUGCUACAACAACGCGGUCGCGCUGUGCGCGAGGCAGUGCAAGCAGGAGCCCCUGCCGACCCCCAAGGACUGCACCGUCAAGCCCUCCGAUUGCAUGGUCAAGUGCGAGACCGUCUGGGAGUCGACAUACAACUGCACCGCCAUGCCGUUCCCCGAUAGCUGCUACUGCAAGAAUAAGGGCACCACCGUGUGUGCCGAGCAAUGCAAGGAGAAGGCACCCGUUUUGCCCCUGUGCGCCUAGAUUUAGUCGCGGUUUCGGAUGGGUUUUGUGGUGUGGUGGCGGUCGUCGUAGCCACUCCACCGGACAUCUGGGAGGGAUUGUGUGGUUGUUGGUCGGGUAUGGGCGUGGUGGGAGGUUUUGGGGGACAUUUGACUGCGGAAGUUGUGGGUAUGAGG